AUGCAUAGCUGCUAUUUGACUACUAAAGAUUAUUUUAAAGGAUUUAUAGUAUUUACUGCAUUUACUAAUUUAUUGAUUGCUGUUAUAUUUAAAAAAGUUAAAGUAUUUGUUAUUAUUAUUUAUGAAUAGAUUGUUGUCUUAAAAACUGCUAUUAUGGUUACUGAUUUUAGGCCUAUGAAUUAACAUUAGAUAUACCUCCUAAUUAAGUAGUACUUGCUUGCUUUUGACCUUAUUAUUAUAGAAAUUAUGUGCUUUGCUAGUUUAUCAUAGAUUAUAUCUUAUCCAUGUCAGAUAUAGAUAUACAGGAGUUUUCUAAAGAUUUUUUUUUAUGCUUAAAAGGUUACAAAAAUGAGUUUAAACUUAAAUCUUAUUAAUCAUUCGUAUAAACAUUAAUAUGAACAGAUGUAAGUUAAUCAGUAAAUAUGCUAGGAUUUUGCUUAAUCGAGUUUUCUAGUUAAUUUGAAUUUUACUUUUAGUAAUUAGGCUGUGCCUACUGUAAAGCAUUACUAUUUAAAUCAUCAGUUUAAGUACUUGAAGGGUUUUUGA